UUGCAUCAAAAUGAGGACUGCACGCAGCGAAACUUCCCGUGCAUCGUAAUCACUAUUGUCGCCGACUUCCACAGCUCCCGAACGGUGGUAUAUACUAUUUUGCCAUUCCCCAUUGCACUGCAAUGAUAAUAAUAACAACUGUAUCUCAUGUUUGCUUGCGAUCACGGAGAUUGGGUAUAUAAUAUUUCCCACACGUAUGCUACCUGCAAGUUCGGAUUUAAUUUCAGGAGACCGAAAGGCCAAGGGAUAACUUGAAACCUGUUUUGAUGUUUUUGCAUGGAUGUUCUCUGUCUAUUCUUACACUGGAAAUUGGGAUCAUUUAUCAGGAAAUACACACCUAGAUGUUUUGAAGUCUUCGUAUCUGACUCAGUUCAAGCAGCUAGGAACAUUUAGGAUACCGCCUUUCUGUUAAUUGCGUCGGGAUAAAAUCUCAUAUUUAGGUUCUUGCUGUCAAGAGAUAUCGCCAGCUCUGUCCCUUACUGCUUCCAGGCUGCUAGUUGAACGGUUGGAACCGAGUAGGCACUUGGCAGUUCUGUCACACUUUUCGCAGUUCGACGAGAGAACGCUGCGGGUAAUCCGCGGUGAGGGUUUCUUCUCGGGAGAUUGGCUUCGAGACACGCUGGAGUGGAGCAGAGGACAUAUUUCCAUAGUAACGUGGUGGUGAUAGCUCGUUCAAGAUGGCGUCAGUUAGAUUACCACACAGGACAAUGCGUCUUGAAACUUCGCUCUUUUUUCUUCUCACAUUCGUCCUUGGAAUUUUCACAGUACAUUCAAAUGAAGCACUCAGUUCGAUGUGUAAUGGAGCACAGACUUGUGGAGAGUGUAUAUCAGUUAACCCAGAAUGCACGUGGUGUACUCAAGCGACAUUCGAAGGACGAAGAUGCGAUCUUGAAAGCGUCUUACAGGACGCUGGGUGCACCAACAUCACCAAUCCCGUUGCUUCUAAAGUGGCGACACAGGACGAUCCUCUAACCGAACGUAAUACCAAUACCAAUCCAGAAGACAUUGUUCAAGUUAAACCACAGAGAAUGAAGAUACAAGUACGACCAAAGGAGCCCAUUACAAUACGGUUGUACGUACGCCAAGCUGAGGAUUAUCCUGUAGAUCUUUACUACGCUAUGGACCUUAGUCACUCCAUGAAGGAUGAUCUAAACGCCCUCAAGGGUUUGGCAACAACGUUAUCUCAAGAAUUGAGUUCCAUAACCACGGAUUUCCAGCUUGGCUUUGGGUCAUUUGUGGAUAAAACUGUUCUUCCCUAUGUGAGCACUGUACCUGCAAGACUAAUAUCACCAUGUUCUGGAUGUGCAAGUCCACAUGGAUUCCACAAUGUUCUGCCACUGAAUGACAACUCAACACUCUUUGCUAGUCGUAUCCAGAGCACAACAGUGUCUGGUAACUUGGACACACCCGAAGGAGGAUUUGAUGCUUUAAUGCAGAUAGCUGUAUGUAAGGAUGCCAUUGGUUGGAGGGAUAAAGCUCGUCAUCUUGUCAUCUUUACAACAGAUGCUUCUUUCCAUUUUGCAGGAGAUGGAAGACUGGGAGGUAUUGUUGAGCCUAACGAUGGACAAUGUCAUAUGGAUAGCACUACAAACAUGUACAGCUAUAGUACUUUACAGGAUUACCCCUCUAUUGGACACCUCAGUGCCAAACUAAGAGAAAACAACGUCAUACCGAUUUUUGCUGUCACCAGCGACCAAACCCAACUGUACGCAAAUCUACAGACAUACAUUGAGGGUGCAACUGUUGGUACUCUUGACAGUGAUUCUGGGAAUGUUGUUGAGCUCAUCAGAGAGAAUUAUAAUCAAAUCACAUCCCAAGUGCGACUGACAUCGACGGCUCCUGAUGAUGUCACACUGUCCUAUCGAGCAAACUGCAUACAUGAAACAGUUGAGGAUAGCAGCGAGUGUUUUGGCCUGCAGUUAGGUGACACAGUAUCGUUUGAUAUCACCAUUACAGCUGAGCGGUGUCUGGAAGGUGGCAUGACAAGUUUUGAUAUUGGACCAGUAGGAUUCAGUGAGCAGCUUCAGAUUGAACUAGAUGUUACAUGUGAGUGUGACUGCCAGGAUAUUAGGGAAAUGAACAGCCCUGAUUGCAGUGGGGGCAAUGGGACAUUGAUAUGUGGUGAGUGUGAAUGCAACCAAGGCCGGUAUGGUAGCAAGUGUGAAUGCAGCGGUAAUGAAAUCAACAUGGAUAGCACUGAUCCGUCACCUUGUAGGACUGAUAACACUACAAGAACAUGUUCUGGACGAGGAGAAUGUAUCUGUGGGAAAUGCGUCUGUGAUAACACUGGGAAUCCUGGUGAGGUGAUCUCUGGACAGUUUUGUGAAUGUGAUAACUUCAACUGUCCCUACAGCCGUGGACUCAGAUGUGGAGGGCCUGACCAAGGGACUUGUGUCUGUGACAUAGCUACAAGACAACCCAAGUGCGAGUGUAAAUCAGGUUAUGAGGGUGACAGCUGUGAUUGUCCCACCCGGAAAGAUAUGUGUCGGGCUAGCAAUGGGUUAGAAUGCAAUGCCCAUGGAACAUGUGUGUGUGGUGCUUGCGAGUGUUUUGCAGACUCGCAGUUUCAAGGAAAAACAUGCGAGAAGUGCCCUACAUGCCCACUAGGAAAUUGCCACAUACACCGAGACUGUGUAGAGUGUACUGUGUUUCAAUCAGGAAGACUCACACCUGAACAGUGUAGCAUGUGUGAUGUCAAUAUCGUCAAUGUUACAAGUGUUGAAGAAUAUACCAAUGAAAAUCUCAAAUGUAGCUUUGAUUUUCAGAACAGCAGCUGCACUUUUGAUUUUGUUGUAAUCGUGGAAAAUGAAACACUCACCGUAUACGUCAACCAAGAGGAAAGUUGCAUCGUCCCCGUGACAGGGCCCAUUCUGACGGGAGAAGAGAUCAGGUGGAUUGUUAUCGGUAUCAUUCUCGGUAUCGUCCUCAUCGGCAUGAUCCUCGUCUUCGCCUGGAGGUUAUACACGUAUGUCCAAGAUAAGAGAGAAUAUGCCCAAUGGGAGAAUGAAUGCAAGAAAGCACAGUGGGAUCAGAGUGAUAACCCCAUCUACAAGUCAUCUACAACGACAUUCAAGAACCCAACAUAUGGAAAAUAACGUACACUCCUCUAUCUGCAAUGGGAUACCAGUCUCCUUAUUUAUUUAACUGGCUAUGUUACAAGAAAGUGUACUCGCGCUGAAAACGGGUAUAAGCCAAGACAUGUGCUAUUACUGAAUCUGUAUCUUCUUUAUUCUUUCCUUUAUUUACAGAGGAAAAAUCCCCUCUUCCAGUCGUCUUCAACCAGGUUUGAAAACCCAAUGUUUGGGCAAUGAUAAUAAAAAAAAGAAUGGCUGCUUUGGGGAAAAUAUGAAUUGCUUACAGCAUAACAUGAUAUAAAUGUACAAGUAUAAAGACUUUAACUAUUUCUCGUUUCUAUCUCUGCAUUUGUUACCCUCCAGAAUAUCAGUGCUAUCUAUCUUCCUCCGAUAUCUCGCUUUGAAAAUCCGAUGAAUCAGAAAAAUUAGCCAAUUGGCUUUGUGGAAUGGGAAAUAUUUUUCUUGGUAUGCGUGAUGCGGUAACUAUUUUCCAAUUCUUGUUUCACAAUCUGCUCUCUUUAGUCAAUGAACACAUUUAAGCACAUUCAUACAGCUCUUGAGACUAAUUCUCAUUUUGUUUUACAAAUCAAUCGACGAGAAUAUGCACUACACAUCCAUCUUAGUAGUCAAAGCUGAAUUUAUUGGAAUGUGUUUUAAGAUGCACCUGGGGGGCGUUUCAUCCUCAUUUGUCUCCUGACAAGUUGACUGAUUUAGAAACUUCUCUGGCUUAUGAUUGGCUGAGAAGCAGUUGUCUGAAUGCUGCCAUGGUAACUCUUGACUUGUCAAUGCUGACUUCUUUUGUAUUAAACACUCCACAGGUAUAUGCUUCAUCAUCCUUCUUUUCAAAGUUUAUGAAGUAUUAAAGGUCACAUCAAAUAAAAUGAGACAGUCUCAAACAAAUGUUAAUGUUAAUUGUCUAGAAAACGGAUGAUGUCGGAUUUUCUUAUAAAAAAAACAUUAGUUACACUACUGAUACAUUUCAUUACCUAACGCUUAAUACUUCCAGUUAAUGGUGGAGGUCACUUUUCAAAUUCUACCUAUGCACUUGUUCAAACAUUAGGAAUAAUAUGAUAUAUAUAGGGAUAUUAUCACUCUCGCUUUCUUCAUAAUGGUGCAAAUCUGUCGCUGUUUUUACUAAAAAUAAAUGAGAACUUGGUGUACAGUUGCAUUUAAGAGCUUGUAGACAUUUUUAAAGCAAAUAGGACAGAUAUUUGAAAUUAAUCUUUUUCAAUAAAUGCUUUAGUUUUAGGACCGAGAAUGUCACACUGAAUUAUGCUUCUUUCUUAUAUAUCAUAAAGCAUUCCUGCAUUUAUAAGAGUUAUAAUGCCUUGUCUGAAAGCAGUUGGCUUGUAUCUUCUUUGAUGGUGUGUUCCGAAUAUUAAAUUCUCUGUCGGCCAAUCGUUUGCUUGACGAAAUACACAAUGCAUUCUAAAUGUUACUGACGUGCUUGAACCCCAAGUGGCUAUGAUUAAGCAAUGGGUUUCGGAUACUAACUCAUACAUGUAAUGCACAUUUCUUACCAGUGUAAGGUUACCAUACAUCUCAUCAUUAGAUUUUAAAGGAUUAGAUUUAAUCAUAUUCUCUAGAUGGAACAUUGAAUGGGGAACUACUUUUCACUACUUUCACAAACCCACCACCCUUCCCUAUUGAAGGCGGCUCACUUCAUUAAUAUACAAUUAAUAUACAUCAGUGCUGGGCAUUGGUAAGAAUUGUGCACACGAGGGACCUUUGGAACAGUUCUUGCCCGAGUCAUAGCCUAGGGCAUUUGGACUAUUUCAAAGGUAACAUGUGAUUGUAAUUAUUUCAACACACUUGCAAAAUGAUGUGCAUUAUUUGUUUUAUAAAAUAGUGAUGUGGAUCCUUGUUACAUGGUAAUAUAUCCUCAUCUCAAAACCUGGUCAAUAGGAAUAGAACUAGUCAUUAGUACCAGCCAUUAGCAACGUUUCCAGUCAGCUGAUAUAAAUGACUUGUCACAUGAUCAAGUUCAGGCAAUCAUUUGAUGAGGAUCCAUGUCACCAUUUUAUAACAUAAUUGCAGUCACUUAAUGAUGGCAUGCACUGUUCAAACUUGUGUGUCCAAAUUUCAUGAUCAUGAUCAAAUUUCACAUGUGCACAAAGAUAUCUUAUUGUGUAACCAUCA